AAGCGCAGAAUACGUGUAAACGCAAGUACAGAAGUAACAGACUGCUAGUGAAUUGGGAAUGCAGGUUGCAAAAGAUCAUUUAUGGGCUUUGACAGCGGUGGUCAGUAAAUAACUUAUUUUAUCAAGGAAAUGAACAGGUCCUGGAAAAUAUAUUUCCACAUUUCAAUGAGUGACCUUGACCGGUCUGCUUUGGUAAGCAAUGGCUGUUCGAAUAGCAGUCCUCCCAACGUGGUUUCAACACUUCCCUGUUAAAAGAGCCUUCAUUAGACUAUUCACUGAGGGUCCAGCCAGGAGCAAGCAGACUUUCUGUAGACAGCAGAAGGCUCAACAAUGGAACCUCACCCAGCCUUCCUUGUGUACUGCAAUAGAUUUAACACAGAGAAACACAUCACAAUUACACAAAGUGAACAGGUAUUCUUCACAGACCAGCAUUAACCAACGGUAUUUCAUACCAUUCAUUGACACUCUCCAGAAAUGUACUCAUGGGGGUUUUUCAGCUAGUUUAUCGGAUAAAUGGCAAACAUCCAUCCAUUCCACAAGGCACCAAGGAUUACUGGAGCGGUUUUACUCAACACCCACAGGGACCAGGCUGGUUACGAAACAGGCAGGGCUGCCAGGGAAGAGACUACCAAAGGGACCAAGGACCAAGCAGCCAUCCAGAGCCAACCAACCCCCUCUAGAAAAAACAGAGGACCUGAUGCAAUGCAUUGCUUACGCAACAGCAGAUCAGUAUCACCUGGCAACAUUGUGCCAUGAUCUGGUGUCCAGUGGAUUUUAUGAAAUUACAGACCUGCCCAGAGAUGCUGCAAAUGUACUUGUUGUCUGUACUGAAAUGGCUUCAAAACCAAACGAUCAUGGAAUAAUCUUCUUUUUCAGGGAGGGGUCUGUCGUCUUCUGGAAUGUGGAAGAUAAAACAACAAAACAUGUGAUGCGAAUCUUGGAAAAGCAUGAGAUCCAGCCCUAUGAAGUUGCUCUGGUUCACUGGGAGAAUGAAGAAAUAAACUACAGAAUAGGAGAGGGAAACUCAAAGUUGCAUCGCGGAGAUAUUCUACUGAACUCGGAGCUAGACCCUGACCAGGCAGUGCUGGAGAAAUUUGCCUUCUCAAAUGCACUCUCACUGUCAGUGAAGUUAGCAAUCUGGGAGGUGUCGCUUGAUAACUUUGUGGAGUCUAUUCAGUCAAUUCCUGAGAUGCUGAAAUCAGGGAAAAGAGUAAAGCUGACGCGGGCAGAAGUUAUGCAAAAGAUUGGAGAACUCUUUGCACUAAGGCACUGUAUAAACCUGAGCUCCGACCUGCUGAUUACCCCUGACUUCUACUGGGACAGAGAAAACUUGGAACAGCUCUAUGACAAAACCUGUCAAUUCCUGAGCAUCAACCGCAGAGUUAAGGUAAUGAAUGAAAAGCUCCAACACUGCACGGAGCUGACUGACUUGAUGCGGAACCACCUGAGUGAGAAGCAUGGCCUGCGGCUGGAGUGGAUGAUUGUAAUACUGAUUACUAUAGAGGUGAUGUUUGAACUUGUCAGAGUACUCUUCUGAGUAGAAGUGAAGUCUACAUGUUAAUGAAAGACUGGACUAAGAAGUGGAAUAAAUAACUUCUGUGCUUUCAGAGGUCAACAUAUUUUUACUCUGAGAGUGCUUUGGAAUUGUGAUGUUAUGUCUAACUUACUGAUUAAAAUGAAGAAACUUUAGAUCUGAAAUUAUUAUCCCCACUGAGUAUGUAUUAUCUGUGACUGGCAUAACGUAGAGUCACUCAUCUCUACACAUUCCCAGCUUACAUUUUUAACAUUAUCGUGGGAACAGCUUGUCAGAUUUUAGUGAGCAUGUGCAUGGGCACCAUCAAUGUGUUAUUAUAUCCUAAACAGGAUAUUCUAUGUAUGUUACACAUGCAUUGUUAUAACUUACUAUACAAGUUCAGUUUCCAUACUGUUAUCUGGUCAGUCAUGCAAACAAUGCCCUGUUUAGGCUUUGUUUUACAAUUAUAGAAUUAAAACCAUCAAAUAUAGAAUUUUGAGAUAUAUACAGACGUGCUCAAAUUUG